CGGCGGACUGGCUUUUGAUAGUCCGCCAACCAUGACCCGCCAAGACACAGCGACCCCAACGGGAAGCCUGAGCGCCCAGGGCCCCUCAAACACCGGUUACAACAACAACCCUGUGCCGGUACCUGUGAUCACACAGAGGAACUCAAGAGACAAAUGGAGCAAAAAGAUGGAUUUUCUUUUAUCAGUCAUUGGCUUCGCGGUAGACUUAGGAAACGUGUGGAGAUUUCCAUACAUUUGUUACCAAAAUGGAGGCGGGGCUUUCCUCAUCCCCUACAUUGUCAUGGCCAUCUUUGGAGGGGUGCCACUAUUUUACAUGGAACUGGCCCUGGGACAGUUCCACAGAACUGGUGCCAUAUCCAUAUGGAAACACAUAUGCCCCAUCUUCAAAGGCAUUGGGUAUGCGAUCUGUAUCAUCGCGUUGUAUGUCUCCUUCUACUACAACACCAUCAUCGCCUGGGCACUCUUCUACUUCUACUCAUCCUUCGCCAGCGUCCUGCCCUGGACCAACUGUGACAACGCGUGGAACACUGAAAACUGCACCAACUACUUCCUGAAAGAUAACGUGACCUGGAACAACUACUCCAGGUCACCUGCUGAGGAAUUUUACACGAGGAAUGUUCUGGAGAUCCACAAGUCCGAUGGGCUGCAUAACGUGGGGGGUGUUCGCUGGCAGCUGAUGCUCUGCCUCUUUCUCAUCUUCACUAUCGUUUACUUUAGUCUCUGGAAGGGAGUGAAGACAUCAGGGAAGGUAGUGUGGGUGACGGCCACCUUGCCCUAUGUGGUGCUCUUCAUCCUGUUGAUCCGUGGUGCCACCCUACCAGGUGCAUGGAAGGGAGUGGUCUUCUACCUAAAGCCCAAAUGGGAGAAACUCUUCGAGACCAGUGUGUGGGUAGAUGCUGCGGCUCAAAUCUUCUUCUCCUUGGGGCCAGGGUUUGGGGUGCUCCUUGCCCUCUCCAGCUACAACCCCUUCACAAACAACUGUUAUCGUGAUGCCAUAGUGACCAGCCUGGUGAACUGCCUGACCAGCUUCAUGUCUGGGUUUGUGAUCUUCACUGUGCUCGGGUAUAUGGCAGAGAAGAGAAAUGUGAAUGUGGAGGAUGUAGCCAGAGACAAAGGUCCAAGCCUACUCUUCAUCACCUAUCCCGAGGCCAUAGCCAACAUGACAGGGUCAACGUUCUUCGCCAUAAUCUUCUUUGUGAUGAUGAUCACUCUUGGGCUCGACAGCACGUUUGGAGGACUGGAGGCUAUCAUUACUGCUGUGAUGGAUGAAUACCCUGAUUACCUGGCGAACAGACGGGAGCUGUUUGUACUGGGCUUGGUUGUUGUGUGCUUUUUGGGCUCCCUCAGCACCCUUACCAAUGGCGGGGCCUAUGUGGUUAAACUGCUGGAGGAAUUUGGGGUGGGUUCCUCCAUCAUUGCUGUUGGUUUUCUUGAGGCCAUCGCCGUUUCCUGGUUCUAUGGUAUCACGAGAUUCAGCAAUGACAUUAAAUCCAUGUUAGGCUAUUCUCCUGGAUUAUUCUGGAAGGUGUGCUGGGUGGCCAUCAGUCCUGCAUUUCUAGCGUAUAUAAUAGUGAGCUCCCUGCUCAAGCCACCCCCCCUCCAACUCUUUGACUACAAGUACCCAGACUGGAGCAUCACGGUGGGCUACAUCAUCGGUGCCUCCUCCUUUAUGUGGAUCCCUAUCUAUAUGGUCUACAAGCUGGUGUGGACCCCCGGAUCACUGAAACAGCGCCUAGCCGUGUGUCUGAGACCUGAGAGGACCAUUAUGCCAGAGAUCCACACAGACUCCCUCAACAUGAGUCCUGUUCCAUAGAAGCACCUAUGUUGCCAAGAACCCAGCCAGGCACAUUAUGUCACUACCAAUAUUCUCCUGAACAAGAACCAACUCAGCAGAUACAGAUCAAUCUCAUGGAGUGUUCAACUAGUCUUUUUGUUGUAGCUCAGUGAGUACAAUAAACACAAAUUGUCUGCAAGAGGGGACUUUAAUGUAAAGAGAAAACAUUUAAUAUGAAUUAAUAUUCAGUCUGAAAGCGUCCUUCAAAUACUGUCAGUAUACAGUUUAUUUUGGACAUAAAAAUGUAGGUCUGAUCACAAGACAGAUUUCUACAGCUAUCUUACUAAGAUAAGGUUGUAAGACUGAAGGACACGAUGCAGUCACUUAAUCAUCAAUUACUUCUUUCUGUUACAUUAUUAACAGUUAAAAAACAUGACCCAGUCACAUUAAAUUACCCUUGCAUGUUUUUUUUUAAUGAUGUACCCUUUUAAGCAACCACAGUGAGAACCAGCUUUGGAAAUUGUCUCAUCAAAAUCCCAAAACAUUACAUGCAGUGGAGAUUUUUAAAGAAAAGUAUCUUGUGUGUUGAAGAAUUAAUUCAAUAAGAUAAAUAAACAGAAAACGUUUACUAAUAACUGGUUUUCAUACAAAGAAUAGCAGAUAAUGUAAUUUGUUCUGUGUGAUAAGUAAAGUUACGCUGUGUGGCUGACGAAUGGUUGAUGUCUUAAAGGUUUUUUCAACAGAUUUUAACCGACAAUAGUUCCUCACCAACAUGCAAGUUAAAAGGAUUACCUCAAAUAAUGCAGUUAGCAGAUGAGACCAAAUACGCUGCUAAAAGUAUUUCCUUUUUGGUUAUGCUUUAUUUCAUAGUCCGCUAUUUACCUGGAAUUUACUUGGAAAUAAAGGUGAAAUGGUAAUCACAUAAUUAUUGUUACAUAAUUGGUAUCCUGGGUGGUACCAAUUAUUUAGAUAUACACUAGAUGACUAAUUGGGGGCGCUGUGUUGAAGCCACUGUGCCUCCAUCUUGGCACUCCACCACUGUUGAAAAAAAUAUUUAGAAAGCUAUAGAAAUGCAUAUAUUAAUGUCUACAUUCGUUUUUGCAACAUGUAUUCUAUUACACACCUUAAUGCAUUAUAUUAAAUUAUAUUAUGUGAGCUAAACAUAAAAAAUAAAAAUAAAUAUUCAAACAUUUCCCUUAAAGCAUCACUACAACAAAAAAUAAAUACAUGUAAUUUUGUCCUUAAAACAUUUAAUUGAAAUACUGUCGAA